CGAGGUUGCACAGUUACGAAGUGUGCGAAUGCCGAUAACAACGAACAAUGCAAACAUAGCCAACGUUUAUCACAUUUCUGCUGUCAAUGCAUUUCAGUUACUUUUGAAAGUCCUUUACGAGUGAGAAAAUAGACACAGCGUCUCGAAAUGUUUGCAGGGUUACCGGAGCUUGGGAUAUCCAAUGGAGAAGAUCUGAAAGAAACACUCACUAACUGUACAGAGCCUCUGAAAGCCAUCGAUCAGUUUCAGAUGGAAAAUGGCAUUUUGUUGCCUACCCUACAGUCUGCAUUGCCUUUCCUGGAUCUUCAUGGCACUCCGCGACUGGAGUUUCAUCAGUCUGUGUUUGAUGAGCUUCGGGAGAAGCUGAUGGAGCGCGUUGCCACCAUCGCAGAGAGCAAAGAUGAAGACAGAUAUGUUAAGCUGGAAGAACUUCUGGAGAAAAGCUUUCCGUUGGUGAAGAUGCCAUCCAUACAGCCUGUUGUCAUGCAAGUGCUGAAACAUUUACCAAAGGUGCCUGAGAAGAAGCUGAAGCAGGUCAUGGCUGAUAAAGAGCUCUACAAAGUCUGUGCGGUGGAGGUGAAACGGCAGAUUUGGCAGGACAAUCAGGCUCUGUUUGGGGAUGAAGUCUCUCCUCUGUUGAAGCAGUAUAUUGUGGAGAAGGAGGCUGCUCUUUUCAGCAGUGAUCUGUCCAUUCUACACAACUUUUUUAGUCCAUCACCCAAAACACGACGACAGGGCGAGGUAGUGCUGAAGUUGACUCAGAUGAUUGGGAAGAAUGUGAAGCUCUAUGAUAUGGUUCUUCAGUUUCUGCGGACUCUGUUCCUGCGCACACGAAACGUGCACUACUGCACCCUGCGUGCUGAGCUGCUCAUGUCCCUUCACGAUCUAGAAAUCAGCGAGAUCUGUUCAGUGGACCCCUGCCACAAGUUUUCCUGGUGUUUGGAUGCUUGCAUCAGGGAGAAAUUUGUGGAUGCUAAACGGGCUCGAGAGUUACAAGGCUUCCUAGAUGGGGUCAAGAAAGGACAGGAGCAAGUGUUGGGUGACUUGUCUAUGAUCCUCUGUGACCCAUUUGCCUGUAACACACUAGUGUUGAGCACAGUGAGGAACCUUCAGGAACUGUUGAGCCAGGAUGCCCUGCCUAGAGACAGCCCAGAUCUUCUCCUGCUGUUGCGGAUGCUUUCGCUUGGGCAGGGCGCGUGGGACAUGAUUGACAGCCAGGUUUUCAAAGAGCCCCGAAUGGAUUUAGAGGUGGUGACACGUUUUCUACCUGCCGUGAUGUCAAUUGUGGUAGAUGACUACACAUUCACUGUGGAGCAGAAACUUCCCAGUGAGGAGAAGACCUCUCUCACAUACCCCACCACCUUGUAUGAAACAUUCACCAGAUAUUUGCAGGACAACAGGGUGGCAUGUGAGAUCGGCCUUUAUUAUGUGCUUCAUAUUGCAAAGCAGAGGAAUAAGAAUGCUCUACAGAGGCUUCUACCUGCACUGGUGGAAACCUAUAAUGACAUGGCAUUUGGAGACAUCUUCCUCCAUCUACUAACUGGUCAUCUGACUCUACUCUCUGAUGAAUUUGGAUCAGAAGAGUUCUGUACUGCUGUCUUUGAUAAUUUCCUCCUCACUUCUUUCUCAAGUAAGGAGAACGUUCACCGGCACAGUCUUCGCUUGCUCAACCAUCUUCACCAAAAGGUGCAGCCAUCAUACAUGGAAUCCUUGAUGAAAACACUUGAACCACCAAAACAGAGCAGUGAGCCAGUUAAGGAGCUGCACACCCUGUUGAAGGAGAAACUUGAGGCCUCUAAGAAAAGCCCUCCACAACCAGAGGAGACCCCCUCUUUGGAUUUAAGUCUUCACCCUGUCCCACCGACUCCCUCCACACCCACUACUCCACACUGAGACAUACUGGGCUCCCCCGGCCACUAGAGAGCAGCCAGUCUAAAGCCCAGAAGGAUAUAGACCACAUCUCUAGUUGUAUAAUGACUGACCUGAACACAAUGCUUAUUUUAACUUGUGACAAAUUUACUUUUUGUUGUUUUUGAUUUAACUUUUUCUUUUAUAAAAGUCAUUUUAAAAAAGCAUUUUGUAAGCCAAGGGCCUUUUUCAAUUUAUAUGCUUUGUUUUAAUAAUGUAGUCUUGUUUAAUUUGUGAAUUAAUAAAAUAUACUC